AUGAACCUACUCGGAAAAGGUAGCUUUGGUUCAGUAUUCAAAGCAGUGCUUGCGGAUGACACGACUGUAGCAGUGAAAGUGUUCAACUUGGAACUGGAAGGAGCGCUCAAGAGCUUCGACACAGAGAGUCGGAUACUUGGCAGUAUUCGCCACAGGAACUUGAUCAAGAUACUUGGUUGUUGUAGCAACGAGCAGUUCAAGGCCUUGAUUCUUGCGUACACGCCUAAUGGGAGUCUGGAGAAAUGGCUGCAUUCUGAUGUGUAUGUUUUGGAUUUGGUGAAGAGGUUGAACAUAGCCAUAGAUGUCGCGUUGGCCUUGGAGUAUCUUCAUCACAAUCACACUUUUACAGUUGUGCAUUGUGAUAUAAAGCCGAACAAUGUAUUGCUUGGUGAAGAUAUGACUGCGCAUGUUGGGGAUUUUGGCAUUUCGAAACUUUUUGAGGAUCGGGAAGCUGUGAUUCACACUAUAACUAUGGCAACUAUCGGUUAUGCAGCACCAGAGUAUGGAUCAGAAGGAAAAGUAUCCACACACGGGGAUGUAUAUAGUUUUGGGAUAUUGCUGUUGGAGAUUUUUACGAGUAAGAAGCCAACAAAUGAUAUGUUUAGAGGAGAAAUGGGCAUAAAGGAGUGGGUAGGCAAAGCAUUACAAGAAGAUGGGAUAAGUGAAGUUGUGGCGCCUGGUUUGCUAUCAAGAUCCGAUCGGCAUUUCCCUGCAAACGAGCAAUGUGUGUCUUCUAUAUUUGAUUUGGCGAUGAAAUGUUUGGCCUUUUCACCCGAGCAAAGGAUCAACAUGAUGCAAGCAGCAGCUGCAUUACAGAAGUUCAGGGCUAUAGUAGAAGCAGCCAAGAAGAAGCAAAGCAGAUCUUGAUUAUGUAUAAUACUAGUACUUAUACUACAUA